AAACUAACAUAAUUGUGAUUCCAGGAUGGGAGAAAUUGUAAUAGAGCUUUACUGGAGACAUGCACCAUCCACUUGCAGGAACUUUGCUGAACUAUGCCGGAGAGGUUAUUUCAAUGGCACAAAGUUCCAUAGAAUAAUCAGAGAUUUUAUGAUUCAAGGAGGGGAUCCUACCGGCACAGGCAAAGGAGGCUCCUCAAUAUAUGGACGCACAUUUGCUGAUGAAAUACAUGAAGACCUCAAACACACUGGAGCAGGAAUCAUAUCCAUGGCAAACUCUGGACCAGACACCAAUGGAUCACAGUUUUUCAUAACUCUAGCACCAACACAGUGGCUGGAUGGCAAACAUGCUAUAUUUGGCCGUGUCCACUCCGGCAUGACUGUUGUGAAGAGGAUAGGUCUGGUUGAGACUGACAAGAAUGAUCGGCCAACAGAUGAUGUCAAAAUUGUCCGAGGAUAUAUACGUACUUUCUGAUACCUAAACACUUAAUUUUACAAUAAAACAAUCAUUUAUAUAAAUAAAAAAGACAUUUUCAUUAUA